UUUUUUUCCUUGUCUUGUCCUUUUUUCUAGCCUGUGUUUUUUUUUUCUUGCUUUGCGGUUGCGUUCAAAUCCUUUUGAAUUUGACACAUAUAACUCUACUGAUUAUGAAUUCAAUUGUGUCCCACGAUGAACGGAAAGAACAAGAGCAGAAAAACGAGCAGAUCCUCUUGAGUGAUCAGCACUGGGAUUCGGAAGACGACGACGACGACGACGAUUCUGACUACACGCCUGACCGCGAUCAUAAUGAUCUUGACGCGGAAUCAGUCACGUCAGAAAACGAACACCAAGCAAAAGACGACGACGACGACGACGAGUGUUAUAGCAGCAGCAGCGGCAACUCACCAGAAACUCCGGUUGACACGCCUGCCUCUUUUCUCUCCAAACGCAAAUGUAUUUCGCUCGAAAACAACAACCACGCGAACAAGCGGACAAAAGUAAAUGACCAAGAACAAGAACGUCGUCGAGCAAAAGUGGAUGCGAUAUGGGCAGAAAUGAAUCGAAAGGAUGAGGAUAAAAAGAAGCUGUCUGCAACAGUCGCAGUAGCAGAGAAGCAGCCGCUGGAUGAUAUAUCUUCUUCUGUCAACCGAACUUUAUCAUCUGCAACAACAACGAUAACAACAACAACAACAGUUUCAGAAGCCAAAAGUACGACACCAUCGACGAAUGGUGGUACAACGAAUACGAGUGCUCCAGUCACUGCUGCUGCUGCUGCUGCUGCGGCACCGACCACGACGAAAGCACCACGCAAAAAGAUUGUACGACCCAAGUCGACAUUGUCUGCAUUGGUGUCGCAGUACAACAUCAAGGUGCCCAAGAUGAACACGCUGGAGAAAAGCCGUCUGGACUGGCAAGGGUACGUAGACCGCGAAGGGAUCCGCGAUGAUCUGAAAUACAAGAACAAGGACGGCUACAUGGAGAAAGUCGCGUUUAUGCAACGCGUCGAUGACCGUCGCUUGUCCCACCUCAAGGCUGGUCAAAAAGCAACCAAUAAUGCCAAAAGAUAAGAAGAACAAAAAAAAACUCCCCUCCCUCUCUAACUAGUACACUCACCCAAUCCCCCCCCUUACAUAUUCCUCCUCACUAAACCAAAAAGUUCCCUGUGU